AGACCUUUUUCCUGGUACAAAUUACGGAGUAGAGAGCGGAAGUAGUCCUUGACGAAAUCAACACUAGCAAACGGCGUCGUAUGCCUCUGCUUCUCGUCGACCUGUUGCCUCACAUGGAUCUUGAUCCAACUAAACUCGGUCUGCAGAGAGAGAAAGGCGUAAAUCUGAAGGGACAUCAUCAUAAGGGAAGUGAACAGCGUGGCAACGGUCGGAGAAGCCAUUAGAUACCAUCAUCAUCUAAAAAUUUGCUUUCUCUCGAGAAAAUAAGCUCAGCACUUUUCCUUUUUCUCUCUCUACCUAUACAUACACCACACUUGUAUGCAUGCCUCCUGAAGGAGGGUGGAGCUGUGGAAGAAGAUUAGGAUGAUGCAUAAAGCUACUAGAAAGAAAAGGGGGAUGAGUUAGACAAAAUCUGAGCUGCCAAUAUCGUUUUCUUUAAUAUUAUUGGUUCCUAGCAAGCGCCAACAAUGGCUGACGAUCUAUGUUUCUUCUCAAAGGAUGGGUUACUAAUCAAACCUUCAAAGAAAUCUCCACUGCUAUUGAGAAUGCUGGUCUUGAUUUUUGUAAUGGUUUGUGGGGUCUAUAUAUGUUCAGUCUGCCUGAAGCAAACAGGCAGUCGCAAGAAUACACAUUUACUAAAUAUUGCUGUCGUGGAGAAGCCAUGCGACCCACCUAAUGUUGAACCUUCAGAGAAACCAUAUGUGCACUUUCCCAAGCCUAAGACUUUUAGCCGGGGUGAGUGUGCAUGCAGUCCAGUACGAUAUUUUGCAAUUUUGUCAACACAGAGGUCUGGCAGUGGCUGGUUUGAGACUUUGCUGAACAAUCAUACAAACAUAAGCUCCAAUGGAGAAAUUUUUUCUGUGAAAGUAAGGAGAAGCAACAUAUCCACUAUCGUGGAUACUUUAGAUAAGAUAUAUAAUCUUGACUGGCUAACUAGUGCUUCCAAGAAUGAAUGCACAGCUGCAGUGGGGCUGAAAUGGAUGCUUAACCAGGGUCUGCUGCAGCAUCAAGAAGAUAUAGUGGAAUACUUCAAGAAGAAAGGAGUUUCAGCAAUUUUUCUCUUUAGAAGGAAUCUUUUGCGUAGAAUGGUUUCAAUACUAGCUAACUCAUAUGAUCAACGUGCCAAGUUGCUAAAUGGAACCCACAAAUCUCACGUUCAUUCUCCCAUGGAGGCAGAGAUACUUGCUAGUUACAAACCAACGGUAGACACACAAAUGCUGGUUCCGAAUUUGAAGCAAGUGGACGAUAUGGUCACAAAAGCUUUGGAGCAUUUCAAGAGUACUAGGCAUGUCAUCCUUUACUAUGAGGACAUCAUAAGAAACCGAACUAAACUGUUGGACGUUCAAGAUUUUCUGAGGGUACCUCAUCAAGAGUUAAGAAGCCGACAGGUCAAGAUACACAAGGGGGCAUUAUCAUCACAAGUAGAGAAUUGGGGUGAUGUUGAGAAGACACUUAAGGGAACACCAUACGAGACCUUCCUACAAUCGGAUUAUGAGGUCUAAUUUUGUACAUUUUUCUUGUCUCUUAACUUACUAUUUAUUUAUUAUUUGGUUAGCAGAAGCUAACUGGGAAGCCGGGAAUGGUGUGGGCUAUGUUUUAGUCAAGGUGUGUAUUGCCUCCAUCCCACCUCCCCACCAAAUCCAUCGAUUUUGCUUACCCUUAAUGAUUUGGUUAAACAUCGAGGUUAAUAUCACUACGGAUGGAGUCUUGAUUUUGUUUCUAGGGACUAAUUACAUUGUAAUUUAGUGUUUUCCUUUAUGGCUUUAAAGUGUUUUUUUCCUUUUAAGAAUUGACCACAUUAAGUUCAUGACAGUUGGAAUGUACAAUUGUUCCCAUUAGGGAUUGGGCUCCUCUCUGGAUCUGCCUCCUUUAAGAUGAAUUACAGUUUUAAGUAAAAGCUUACUCUUUUUAGUUCAGAUUUCA